CGAGGUGAGUGCUGGUCCUCAUUCGCGUGAAAUCCCCCAAACGGCCAAACCCUAGUCCGGCCACUUUGCUGCUUCAAAUACUACAAAACGCACUCUUAUUUCUCUGCGAACUUGUUUGAUCUGUCAAAUCCACUAUCGAGCACUGUCCGCUUCUGCCCUAAUUCAUGGAAUUCAUGCUUCGUAAUCACCGGACAUUGAUGUUUCAAACAAGUCAAAGAGUUUGGGGGUUUUUGGAAUGUUAAUGUGAAUUAAGAUUAUUUCGAAUCAAUUCUUUCGCUGGAUAUUGUCUCUUUCAAGAGAGCAGAGGUGGUCCAGGUUUACUUUGAGGAUUUGUUCUGUCUGUACAAGUUAAAGGGAGAAGAGAAGGUGAAGCCGAUAAGCUUGAAUUCAACACUCUGUCUCUGUGAUCCGAGCUGGAAGUGCAAGAAUUUGGGAUCCAUGUCAAUGUUGUUUAUGUCCUUUUCAUGAACCAUUGAUUCAUGGAUCCUGAAGGCAAGAAGUUUGGAACAGGACCAAGGGAACUGACUGGCGCUGUUGAUCUUAUAAGCCACUUCAAGUUGUUACCCCACCAUGACUUUUUCUGCAAGCGGACACUUCCUGUAUCAAUUUCAGAUACACAUUAUCUUCACAACGUGGUGGGAGACACAGAAAUCAGAAAAGGUGAAGGGAUGCAGUUGGAUCAGCUUCUACAGAAUACAUCCUAUUCCAGGGAUACAAACGCCCGCAUACAACCAUUUGACCUUGAUAUUCUCAGAGAGGCUUUCUUGCUGAGGGAAUCUGCUCCCAUUGAGUUACCUCUUGCAGAGAAAGGGACUCCUACAAUUGCUGGGAAAUCGAAGAGUGAGUCCAAGGACAAGGAAAGGAAGCAUAAAAAGCACAAAGAUAAAGAUAAAGAGAAGGAUAAAGAGCAUAAGAAGCACAAGCACCGCCACAAGGAUCGAAGUAAAGAUAAAGACAAGGAGAAGAAGAAAGAUAAAAGUGGGCUUAUUGAUCACAGUGCUGAACACUUGAAGAAACACCAUGAAAAGAAAAGGAAGCACAAUGGAGAUGAAGAUCUCAAUGAUGCUCAUAGACACAAAAAAACAUAGGAGUUCCAAAAUUGAUGAUAUGGGUGCAAUAAAGGUAGCAGGCUGAAAUGGUGGCAUAUUGUAGUUCAUUGUAUUCUCAAAUGGUCGUCGCUGAGAGUUUUGAAGGAUUUUUCGCCUAAUGUUGUCAAAUUGCUUGAGUGACUUCUGAACUGACUAAAGAAUGUGACGAUCAUGGUAUAAUUUUUGUAACAUAACAAUAUCAUGGUAUAAUUUCUGGUUUUAGGUAAGACUGGAUUUUUUUUUUCCCUUUUCUGUCUCACUUUUAUGGUGUAGUGGAUAUUUCAGCCUGUCAAUUGUAGUAUUUUUUUUUUGUCUUUUUCAGCAGCAGUCCAAUGCUUAGUCGAUUAUCAGUUUGAAUUAGAAUUUGCAGCCUUUAGUUGUAGGAAGAAUAGGUUUAACAAAGGGGAUUCUGUAUAUGGUUUGCUUACUUUCCUAAUCAUAGCGAUAGAUGCCCAAGAAUUUCUAGAAGGGUAGAGAGGACCUGGGGUUGCAAUAACCUCAGACUUGUAGAGAGGAAAUAUUCUUUGUAAAUAAGGCAAUGGGUUAUUGAUUUAACAUUACUACUGCACAUCAUAGUUAUUAUUACUACUAUUCUAUUAUGAGGGUGGAACAGUUUUUUU